AUUAAGCCUUUGAUGGCCGUAACGCGCGUACCUCUUGCACGUCAGACCAUCACUACCAUUGCACCACGCGUCAAUACAUUCUGGAUUCAAUCGGCCUCUCGUGCAUAUUCGACAUCAAACCUUGAAGGAAAUAAGAAUGGCUUUAUUGUAUUUGAAGAUAUUCAAAAGCUCAUAAAGGAGAAUGACAAGAACUGUCAUAUCAUUGACGUACGUGAACCCUCUGAAGUUAUUCAGGGCAGUAUUCCUACAUCAAAUAACGUUCCCUUGAGUCAAUUUGUGGACGCAUGGCAGAGUUCUGAUGAUUCAUUUGAAAAGAAGUUUGGGUUCAAGAAGCCUAGUGAAAAGGAAACAUUGGUAGUGUAUUGUAUGGCUGGUAUCCGUAGUGCAAGAGCUGCUGAUUAUUUGAGACAGAGUGGUUUUGAAGAUGUCCGUAAUUAUGCUGGUAGCUGGGCUGAUUAUGCCGAGAAGUCUCGGGCGUGAGAUGUGAUACGACUUUGAAGCAGUCUAGAUUGAUUGCAGCCAACUUCUCUCCUUGAUUGACAUCCCUGGAGAACUAAAAGAAAAAAAAGAAAAGUUUUUUUAGAAAAAUAAAUAAUUUAGUGUGAUCACACACUGACACACAC